GUUACAAAGAGAGGUUGAUGAAAACGUGGGUGCAGUGUCUGUUAUCACCCUAAAUGAGGUAGAGAAGUUAACAUACCUGGACAUGGUAUUGAAGGAGACAUUAAGACUCUACCCUGUAGGUAAACUGACCGCUCGUGAGACAUCAAAGGAAUACUGUCUCGGCGGUUAUCAACUUCCACCCGGAACUGACAUGAUUGUUAGUUUCUACGCCACAUCAAGGAUAGAGCAAAAUAUCACAAAAGCCACAGAGUUUUUACCGGAACGAUACGACGUUGGCAAUUCAGAGAAAUUUAGCAAGUAUGCUGCAACGCCAUUCUCAGCUGGGCCUCAUACUUGCAUUGGGAGGAAAUUUGCAGAGAUAGAAAUUAAAGUCAUGAUUGCCAAGAUCAUGCAAAUUUUUGACUUUGAAUUGGUUCCCGGCCAAAGUAGCGAAUUAGAAGGCAGUUCGACGCUUCAAAUGAAAAGUGGCGUCAAAUGUUUCUUUCGCCAAAGGAAAAUGGAAUAAUGCUGAUAUGGGAGGAUGUCAUUGCACCAUUGCACGUGAUCUGGAAGG